GAAACCCUAAUGAUGACAAAUAUAGAUCUAUCCGGAUUGGAAACACAGCUUUUUCUACUAGACUCUUGCCUGUCAGGGGAGCCGUGGAAUGUUUAUUUGAGAUGGGCUUUGAAGAGGGAGAAACACAUCUAAUCUUUCCUAAAAAAGCUUCAGUAGAGCAGCUGCAAAAAAUUCGCGAUCUGAUUGCCAUAGAGAGAAGUAGCAGAUUGGAUGGUUCAAAUAAGAGCCACAAAGCAGAAUCAUCUCAGCAACCCACAGCCAAUACCCAGCUUUCUACGGCACAGUCUUCAGAUCCUGAUGGGCUCACUCAGAAAACAAGGAACCAUCAAGGGCAGUCAUCAAAUCCACCGUCUACUCCAACGAUUACUGCUGAUUCAACCGUUCUAAAAGUUCUUCAGUCCAACUUUCAGCAUGUGCUGGUCUAUGAAAAUCUUGCUCUCCAGGAGAAAGCAUUGGCUUGUAUUCCAGUCCAAGAACUGAAAAGGAAAUCACAAGAAAAGUUAUCUAGAGCUAGAAAAUUGGAUAAAGGUAUUAAUGUGAGUGAUGACGAUUUUCUUUUGCUGGAGCUUUUACGCUGGUUUAAGGAGGAGUUUUUUCACUGGGUGAAUAAUGUUUUGUGUAGCAAAUGUGGCGGACAGACAAGGUCUAGAGGUAAAUCAUUAUUGCCCAAUGAUGAUGAGCUGAAGUGGGGCACAAACAAUGUGGAAGAUCAUUACUGUGAUGCAUGCCAGCUCAGCAACCGAUUCCCAAGAUAUAAUAACCCCGAGAAACUUCUGGAGACGAGAUGUGGACGGUGCGGCGAGUGGGCCAACUGUUUCACACUGUGCUGCCGAGCUCUUGGGUUUGAAGCUCGCUAUGUUUGGGACCACACAGACCAUGUCUGGACAGAAGUCUAUUCUCCUUCCCAGCAGCGGUGGCUGCACUGUGAUGCGUGUGAAGAUGUCUGUGACAAACCCCUGCUUUAUGAGAUAGGAUGGGGCAAGAAGCUUUCCUAUGUCAUAGCGUUUUCUAAAGAUGAGGUAGUUGAUGUCACUUGGCGAUAUUCUUGUAAACAUGAAGAGGUGAUCUCUAGAAGAACUGAGAUUAAGGAAGAAUUACUUCGAGAAACUAUUAAUGGGCUUAAUAAGCAGAGGCAACUAUCUUUAUCAGAAAAUAGAAGAAAAGAACUUCUCCAGAGGAUAAUUGUGGAGCUUGUUGAAUUUAUAUCUCCCAAAACGCCUAAACCUGGAGAACUUGGUGGAAGAAUAUCUGGGUCAGUGGCUUGGAGAGUAGCCCGAGGUGAAAUGGGUCUAGAGAGAAAAGAAACCCUGUUUAUCCCCUCUGAAAUUGAGAAGAUUUCUAAACAACUUCACCUUUGUUAUAAUAUUGUGAAAGAUCGUUAUGUUCGAGUUUCAAAUAACAAUGAAACCAUUUCUGGAUGGGAGAAUGGUGUGUGGAAAAUGGAAUCCAUAUUCAGAAAAGUUGAAACAGACUGGAACAUGAUAAAAAUCUUCGCUCGUAUCAUGAUUUUUCUGGUGCCACAGAAGUUAUUUUGGAAACAGAAUUAAGCAGAGGGGAUGGUGAGGUUGCUUGGCAACAUACCCAGCUGUUCAGACAAAGCGUAAAUGACCAGGAAGAAAACUGUUUGGAGAUCAUUAUAAAAUUCAAUAACCUUUGAGAACAUGAACAUAUAGAAAAGCCAGCAACAAUCAAAGACUUCCCAUGGUCUAAUGUCGUCUGUUGGUUCGGUGCAUGCUCCGUUGGCAACUUACCACCCUGUGCUAGCAUAUAUCUUUUGCUAGCGAUCCAUCAUGUCACCCUCACAAGAAUAUAUCUUUAUACUGUGGACCAUAAUGAAAGCUUGAAUUAAACUCCCUUCCAUAUGUGACUGUAAUUUGGAAUAAAGUCUUGUUGCCCUGAUAGGAGAUUUUAACCUAAAACUGUAAGUAUAGUUUUAAAAGUUAAAUGAUGGUGUUCAUGAUUAAAUGCUAUUCAUAAUUAUGAUAAAAAUCUUGGGCUAAUAAUAGUAAUUUGACAUUUUCUGAUCAGCCAUUAAUUUCUUCACAAGUGGGUAGAUUAGAUUUUCCUAAGAUUUUUAAUUUUUAAUAAAUGUGAAAGUAUAGUAUCUCAUAAGUUAUAAUGCAUGAAAAUUUUUAUGAGUGUAAAUAUGCAGGCAUUUAAGAAAUAAAGUGAAUUAUUUUGCUUUACAUCUUUUUAGUAGUUACUUUGGCUAAAUAAAAAUCAUUACUAAGUUUGCUAAACAUUGAAAAACAAUUGAGUAGACAUCAGUUAUGAAAACAUUUAACAUUAACAGCAUAGAUCAAAGAUACAUUAUAAAUUUCAUAAUAUGUGGACACUUAAAAAUGCUUUACCUUUGAGUUGUAUUUUUAUCUACCUCAUUGAAUAAAAUAUUCUUGACUUUAAAA